CCCUCGCCAAGCGGCACACAGCAGCCUUCCAGCCCAUAGUGGGGUGCAUUGGGUGGGAGUUGACCAUCGGCGACUCGCACCCAACUCCCACCCAACGGACUAGCCCUUAGAGUCAUCACGCAGUUGACCAUCGGCGACUCGCAUCGCAACCGCCAUGGCAGGGUGGCAUUGCUUCGUCAUCCUCCUCACAGCGCUCGCAAUCUCGCUCUCUUCGACGACUGCCCCGGCCGCUGCUGCCGUCAGUCUCGAUACCUUGCAAGCCGCGGUGCUGGCGGAGUGUCAGAGGCAGUGGAAGCCGAAGGCGCAGUUGGCCAGGUGGAGCAAGGGGGGGGAUUGCGCCCAGGUGGAGGGCGUGCGCUGCGAUGCCGCUGGCUUCAUUGUCUCCAUAAACGUCACUUACCGGCCUCUCUUUGGUCCUCUACCAGAAGCGAUGGGGAACCUCACAACACUCACAGAACUGUCGCUUACCAGAACGGCACUUUUCGGUUCCAUCCCGUCGUCCCUGUUCCGCCUCACCAACCUCGUUGCCUUAGAUCUCUAUGGCAAUUGGCUAUUAGGCCCCAUUCCGACAGCCAUUGGUGGCCUUGCUGCCCUCUCGCACCUAGAUCUCAGUUGGAACUGGCUGAGAGGAUCCAUUCCAGCAGCCAUUGGUGGCAUUGCUGCCCUCUCAUACCUGGACCUAAGCAAGAACACCCACAUGAACGGAUCCAUCCCCCUGGAGAUGGAGCGCCUCACCAACCUCAGAUCCCUAGCACUCAGCUUUAUGGAUUUAUCAGGUCCCUUUCCAUUCUGGAUAUCUGGGCGGACCACGCUCACCUACAUAGACAUUAUUGGCAACAUCAUCACUGGAAGCAUGCCAGAGUCCAUUGGCAGCGCCAUCAACCUCAAAGUCUUCUCUGUAAUGCGCAAUCAGCUCACAGGCAGCAUUCCAGAGUCCUUCGGCAGUCUCACCAAACUCAACAGCGUGGAUUUGUCUAAUAACCUGUUUGUUGGAACCAUCCCGGAGGGCAUUGGCAACAUGAAGUAUAUAACCUCAUUGGACCUCUCUAACAACCUUUUGACCGGCACGAUCCCCAGUAGCCUGUCUCGCCUCACUGACCUGCGAGAGCUUGAUGUCAGUGGGAACGAGUUGUCCGGGCCUCUACCUGCUGCUCUUGGCAGUUUGACGGGUCUCAGCUCUCUCAAGAUAUCAGCCUCUAGUCUCACAUGUCCUCCAGAUGCUUCCACCUGUGUGGUUCGCCAGUUCAAUGGCAGCGCCUUCUGCUCCAAGUGCAAGAGCUUCUGUGCCACAUGUACCCCUGAUGAAGCCCCUCCCCCUUCCUCGCCCUCGUCCUCUGAGGCCUUCUCCAUGGGAGCUGUCAUCGGCAUUGUGGCAGCAGCCAUCUUUCUGCUGCUUCUGCUGCUCGGCGCUGCUUGGUGGGCUGUUGCACAGACCAGAGCAUCCAAUGGAGUAUCAUCUGCUCCCUGCUCCACACCGUGCCAGAAGUACCCCCUGGCGAUUGUCGUUCGCGCCACGGGCAACUGGUCCAAGGACAAGCUACUUGGGUCGGGGUCCUUCGGAGACGUGUAUCGCGGGGUUUCCCCUGAUGAUGGCACCACGCUGUGGGCGGUGAAGCGAGCCAAAGUCAUCAGCGCCGACUUCUACAGAGAGGUGGCUCAGAUGGCCACGAAGCACUAUCCCAAUCUGGUGGCUCAGAUGGCCACGAAGCACCAUCCCAAUCUGGUACGGCUGCUGGGGUUUGCAGUGGGUGGCGAUGUGAACACGCGGGUGGAGAAUGUUCUCAUCUACGAGUUCAUUGCCAAUGGCGACCUGCAGAGGUGGAUCAACCAAGAUGCCCCCACAAGCUUGACUCUGCAGCAGCGGGUCGACAUUCUCAUAGGGGUUGCACGUGGCUUGGAGUAUCUGCACAGCUUUGGCAUUGUGCAUCGCGACAUCAAGCCAGCCAACAUCCUCAUUGAUGAGCACAUGCAGCCCAAGGUGGCGGAUUUUGGACUGGUGCGUGUGGGGGAGGGCACUGCAUUGGGCUCCACGCGAGUCCUUGGAACGGCGGGCUAUGUGGACCCCGCGUACUCCAGAACACACAACGCCACCACCGCUGCUGAUGUGUACAGCUAUGGGAUUGUCAUGCUGGUGGUGCUGUCAGGCAGAGGAGCCACAGUCAAUGAUGUGAACCUGGGCAAUGAGUCAGAUGACCCUGGCGACCAAGAACCAAUGUCUAUCUCCAAAUGGGCAACAGAUCUUGUGGCUCGUGGGAAGACAUCGCUUCUUGCGGACCCCCGCAUGGCAGCACCUGAUGACGUCAUCAGGUGCAUUGCCCAGUUGGCUGUGAGCUGCACUGCCAUGCCCACUGCCUCCCGCCCCUCCAUAGCCCACGUGGCCCAAGACUUGGAGGCCCUCAGAGCGGAGAUGGGAGGGGGGGAUGAGAGGGCAAGGGCUUCAGCUAGGAUCGAUGAGAAAUUGCUGAGCCAGCAGCCUGUGAGGAGCAUGGCCGAGGAUCUUGCAUUAGUGGAGCAGCAAUUCUUGCACGAGAGUGAAGCAGCAGCUAAUUUCCCAUUGAGUCACGAGGGGCCCUAGUGCAAAACCAAGUGAUGGGUUAUUGUGCAAAACCAAAUGAUGGGUUAUUACCUAUUCUUGUGUGAAGGUCCGAACAGCUGAAGCAUAUGGAUACGGUCGACGCCCGGAUAUAAGAUACCCCCUUAAUUGAAGACAUAUGGUCUCCUAUUGUGACAAUCUUAUAUUCGGCACUGCCGCUUAAAGCCCGCGACUAAAAUAGCAGACCUGGA